CACAAACUAUCAUCUUAUCUGUUUAUCUAUUGACGAUAAUUUAAAGAUGGUUUCUACACAUAACAAGGAUAAGCCAUGGGAUACUCCAGAUAUUGACAAAUGGAAAAUUGAUGAGUUUAAGCCGGAGGAUAACGCAUCUGGCUUACCUUUUGCCGAGGAGUCUAGUUUUAUGACGUUGUUCCCCAAGUAUAGGGAAGUGUAUCUCAAGCAGAUUUGGAACCAGGUGACAAAGACACUUGAAUCACACCACAUUGCAUGUACUUUAGAUCUUGUUGAGGGUUCUAUGACUGUUAAAACCACUAGAAAGACCUAUGACCCUGCCAUUAUUCUCAAAGCUAGAGAUUUGAUCAAGCUAUUGGCACGUUCAGUUCCAUUUCCACAAGCCGUCAAGAUUCUUCAGGAUGACGUUGCAUGUGAUGUUAUCAAGAUUGGUAACUUUGUCACUAAUAAGGAAAGAUUUGUCAAGAGAAGACAAAGGCUUGUUGGUCCAAACGGUAACACCUUAAGAGCGCUGGAGCUGUUGACCAAAUGCUACAUUCUUGUUCAAGGUAACACGGUUUCUGCCAUGGGUCCAUGGAAGGGGUUGAAGGAUGUCAGAAGGGUCGUUGAGGACUGUAUGAAGAAUGUGCAUCCUAUCUACCAUAUCAAGGAGCUAAUGAUUAAGAGAGAGCUACAGAACAAUCCAGAGAUGGCACAGGAAGACUGGAGCAGAUACUUACCAAUGUUCAAGAAGAGAAACGUUGCUAGAAAGAAACCUAAGCAGGUCAAGGAUGAGGAGAACAAGAAGAAGGAGAAGAAAGUUUACACUCCGUUCCCACCUGCCCAACUUCCUAGAAAGGUUGAUCUUGAGAUUGAGAGUGGUGAGUAUUUCCUGAGCAAGAAGGAGAAACAGGCCAAGCAGAUGAAGGAGAAGAAGGAAAAGCAGGCAGAGCACAAGAAGCUAAGAGAAGAGGAAAGAGCAAAAGAUUUCAUAGCCCCAGAGGAGGACAAGUAUGAGAAGAAAUCUAAGAAGAGGGAAAGGGACGACGAGGAUGAAGACAAGAAGAAGAAGAAGAGCAAGAAGAGCAAGAAGAAGAGCGAGGAGACAGAAGACUCCGACUAAUACGAAUAAGACCUAUGGAGAAAAGCCACUGACUCUAGCAGAGCUACGUGCACACGUCACGACGUGGAU